UGGAGUCCGUCACUCGCGUCAACUGCCUCCCCCCCUUGGAGGAUACCGCCCUUUCGGCGCCCUCGUUGCGGCGCAGGUCAAAAAAAAUUAAUACCCGUGCCUGACUUUAUUACACGGGGAUAUUGUCCAGGUUGCCCGUGGCCGAUCCGUUCCCUCCGUCUCCGACGACGCAGUCCGCAGCACUUCGUAUCUAGGGCAGCAAUUUGCCGAUUCCACUCGUUGACAGCUUCCCGAUGCCCAUCAUGCCGAGCGUCGACGCCCUUCUCUUCAACAUAUCGUCCUUCAUUGCCGGGCUCUUCCUCCUGGAAUAUGGCGCCGACAAGUUCAUUGACCACACGGCUGUGGUGGCCAAGCGGCUCAACGUCUCGCCGACGCUUGUCGGGCUUCUCACCUGUGGCGCCGAGUGGGAAGAGCUCGUCGUCAUCAUUGUUGCCCUGAGUCAGAAGAACUCGAACCUUGCGCUCGGAAACCUCGUGGGCUCGUCUAUCGCCAACAUACUCGCGUCCUUCUCGCUGGGACUCGUGUUCAUGAAGAAGGCCGAGUUCGACCGCAGCUCCAAGAUCUACAGCACCGUCCUCUUGGCGCUCACCUCGGUGUUUUUGGUCCUCCUCGCGGUGGCGAGGUCGAGCCUCAAGUGGCUGUCCGGCUCUCUGCUGAUAGCCGCGUUCGUUGUCUACGUUGCGUCCGUGGCCACGCUCAUCUACCGGGGCACUCUCACGGCGCCCGAAGACGACUCGGACAGUGAUAGCGACAGCGACUCGGAUGGCGACAGUGAUAGUGACAGCGAUAGCGACCUUGACGGCCAUGCCGGCGAUAGCGACGAGGACACGGUCGGCGGUGACAAUCAUGCCGAGGCGAAGGACAAGGUCCAGGUAGACGAGGAGCAGGGGGGCCGUCGCCGUUGGGGCAACGCCUCCGGCCGCCAGUUGAGGCUCACAAACCUGUCCAAGAAAUCUUCGCGGCCGAGCUCGGGAGAGUUCAUGGUCGUCAAGCCGGGCAAGGCACGGCCCAAGCCGAUGCGCCACCACCUCUUGCGGCUGGCGAUGGGCCUCGCGGCACUGCUGGUGUCGAGCUACAUCAUUGCGCACAGUGCGUCGGCCAUCGGCAACGAGCUGGCGCUGUCGGGCACGGUGGUGGGCACGACGAUACUGUCGCUGGCCACGACGCUGCCCGAGAAGUUCGUGGCCAUCAUGGGAGGCGUGCGGCACCAGCCGGGCAUCAUGGUGGCCAACACGGUGGGCUCCAACAUCUUCCUCGUUACGCUGUGCGGCGGAGUGCUGUUCAUCUGGGACGACGCCGGCCAGCUCGAGCUCGGCUUCACCGUCUUCGAGGUGUUUGUCAUGUGGGUGUCCGCGGCCAUCAUCUUCAGCAUAGUCAUUGUCGGCGGCAGGCGCUGGAUGGGCUUCGUCAUGCUUUCUCUCUACGUGGGCUUCUUGAUCGUCGAGCUCAUGAACGGCCACAAUCUCGACGACGACUGACGAGUGGGUUCUCUGGUUGGGGCUGUCACUGUUACAUACAUGUUGGGGAUUGUAUAUUCCCCUUUUUGGGGGAGAGCUACGGAGUAUUUUCUGUUUUCUGGGGAGAAUUUAAGCU